CGCACCCUCCGGAGAUGGAGUGGGACAAUUGCAACCCCCAGCCUGGGGACCUGAUUGAGAUCGACCGGGUACUUUACCAGCACUGGGCCCUCUAUGUGGGGGAUGGAUAUCUCAUCCACGUGACCGAUGUAGGUUCAAAGGGUGCAAUUACACCAGUUGGCUCUGGUUCAAACUUAACUGGAAAUGCCAAGGUGAAGAAGGAGGUUGUGAAGGAUGUGGUGAAAAAUCAUAAAUGGCGUGUCAACAACAAGUAUGAUCGCUCCCGCACUCCUCUUCCCGUGGAGGAGAUCAUCCAGAAUGCUGAGAGCUUAGUUGGCUUGGAGAUUCCAUAUAAUCUGUUUAAGAACAACUGUGAGCACUUUGUGACACUGCUCCGGUAUGAUGAUAAAUUCUGUGACCAGGUGAGUGACACGGGCUGAGCCCCUGGGAGCUUCCCCGAGCAGCUCCUUGGCUGCUGGCUGUCACCCGGAGACUGGGACACAGACUGCAGCCUGCAUGGGGACAGCCAAGUCCCAGCUGUGGGCUCCAAGCCAGCGCUGCCUCUGGCCUCCCCAGAGCUCCGGGACCUGCAAGGGUCACUGUGCUCUGUCUGCACCCUGACAGUGCCCUCCUGUUGAAAGCCACUUCCUAGGGGUACAAACCUGGGUGUUACCUCUUCUGCUAUUGAGGCACAUGACUCUCACUGGUUUAUUUACCUUGAUUAUUCCUGUCUUUUACACAAUAUCAUGUAAGGGGGAGUAAAUAUAAAUGCUCCUCACAUUUCCAGUCCGUCUUUUGCUUUCCUUUUAUAGGUUAUAAAAGCACUUCGUGAUGGUACUACAGUAGCCCUAGGAAGUAUUAUUGUUGGUGCUGUUGCUGUUGCUGCUGCAGCACUGUUCAGAGGCCUUUCCAGGAUAUAGUACUACUGAUGGGCUGUCAGGAAGAGCUCAGAGCAAGGCAUUGGGAGCUCCUGGCCACAGCGGUCAGUGGUCAUCUUUUGCUACACCUGCCAUCAAGCAAAUGUGUACCCUUUGCUGCAGAUGUUAAAUGAGCCAUGAGAAAAUGUCUGAAAUACAAGCCCAUGUUGCCAUAAAAUACUCUUUUAUCUGUGUGUAGCUUUAUGUGCAAGUUUAACAAUUCAGCGUUGCUUCUCCCUGCCAUCGUCUUAAGAAAUGAUGAGUCAGGAACAUCAAUGUUCAAAAUGAUCCCCAGCAGCUCUAGCCUGGUUGCCACAUCUGCUUUUAUUUCAUUGUCUAUGAUGAUUUUUUGUGUUAGUCUGGGAGCUAUGGCAAGCGGUUUAUGCAUUCUCUUCCCCUUUCCCACACCUCCCCUCCAGUGCCUUGGUGACAAUUGUGCAGCCUUUGCUUCCUGUUUUGAUCAGCUAGCUCCUGACUGCUCUUUCUUUGUAUCACUGAAAUAAAAGUACUGCUGAGAGUUUA